AUGGUGAAGCCACGUGCUUCAAGGAGGAAGUCUUCUAGUGUGUCAUGUAGUGAUGAUGUUAGAGCACAAAAUAUUAGGGAAGUGGUUGAGGUUGAUGUUGACAAUGAUAGUGAGGGGGGCAAAGAAUCUGAUAGUGAUGAUAGCGUUAUGAAUAUUAGGUUUGAUAACAGUGAUGAGGACGAUAUGGACGAUGACUUGUUCUUGCAAUACACAGAUGGUGGAAUUGAGAGUGACCCAAGUGGGCAGCCAUCAAAUGAAGACUUAUAUUUGGGGCCCAAUAAUGAUGCAGCCUUUAGUGACGCAGAAUAUGAAUCAGACUCGCUUCGAAGUUAUGAUGGUUCUACAGAAGAAGAGGAUGAAGGGGUCCCAAGAGAAGUCAAUCCUUUGUUCAAGUCAAUUUCCAUCCAGAGAUAUCUUUAUAUCUUUAAGGAUGCAGUCGCGACGUAUGCAAUUCAAGGUGGAUGGCAGCUAAAGUGGUUGAAGUUUGACAAUGUUAGAGCUAGGGUUGCUUGUGUUGAUGGCUGUAAAUUCUUGUUAUUUUGUUCAAAGCUUCGAGGGGUGGAUACCUGGGAGCUUAAGACUGUUGUGGGUGAACAUGUAUGUGAGCGGACUAAUGAAAAUAAGAUGUUGAACUCUAAAUGGCUUGCUAAUAGGUUGGUGGACAAGAUGAGAAGAAACCCAAAGAUGAAGUUAGUAGAGAUUAUACAAAAGGUGAGAGACAAAUACACAAUUGAAAUUAGCAAGACAGUGGCUUCAAGAGCAAGGAAGAAAGCUUUGGAGGUAGUACAUGGGAGUUAUUCAGAACAAUACAAGAGGCUUCAUGACUUUUGUGCAGAGAUUUUGAGGUCUAAUCCUGGCAGUACAUGUGGGUUGAUAGUUGAUAGGCCACCUGAGUAUGCAAUGGAGUUGGAGAGUCCUACACCAUCUAGAAAUAUCCUUCCAAAAUUUGAUAGGUUGUACAUGUGUCUGGAUGGAUGUAAGCAAGCAUUCUUGGUAGCAUGCAGACCAAUAGUGGGUCUAGAUGGUUGUUUUUUAAAAGGAAUGUAUGGUGGCCAACUUUUAGCAGCAAUUGAGAGAGAUCCUAAUGAUGGGAUGCUUCCAAUUGCAAUAGCCGUUGUGAGAGUGGAGAACACUGAGACAUGGGACUGGUUUAUUAAGAUGUUGUUGGAAGAUAUAGGCUCCAAAGGAAGGCUUACAUUCAUCAGUGAUAGGCAAAAGGGUCUGGUGCAUGUUUUGGAAGCAUUGGAAGGACAACAUGACCACAGAUUUUGUGUACGCCAUAUGUACAAUAACAUUUCUAAGAGGUUUCCUGGAUUGAAAGAGCUCAUGUGGAAAGCAGCCAGAGCCACUUACAGAGAAGCAUGGAAGAGAGAAAUGCAAGAAAUUGAGAGGUUGAAUCCUAUGGCACAUGCUGAAUUGAAUGCAAUCGACCCUAGAUUGUGGUGUAAGUCUCACUUUAGUGGAUAUGCAAAAUGUGAUACAUUAUUGAACAACAUGUCAGAAACAUUCAAUUCCACUAUUUUGCAAUUUAGAGAGAAGCCUAUAGCUAUGAUGCUCGAUGAGAUAAAAGGAUAUUUCAUGACACGAUGGGCGGAGAAUAGGAUCAAGAUCAAUAGGUACCAAGGAACUAUCCUUCCAAAGAUAAAGAGGAGACUAGAAAUUGAGCAUAAAGAAUCUGGUAAAUGGCUGCCAAAAUGGGCUGGAGAUUUGAAAUUUGAAGUGUUAUGCAUGCAGGAGAAAUUUGUGGUAGACUUGGAUGUGUUGUAUUGCAGCUGCAGAAAAUAG